AGGAAAUCCAUCUUAGGUGUCGCACAAAACGCUUGAACCAGCCCGCUGGUGUCGUCUUUCGUCGCAAGGCAAUUCCAAGGAUUUGCCCUUGCUUAUUGGAUCACAAGUCCUCCUCUCUUCUGGUUCCUCUUCUAUCGUUGCUUGAAACGACUUCUACUUCCACGAUGGCGACCACAACUGACCCCAUAGACAAACUUACCUACAUUGCGAACGAAGCAGCACCGCUGUCCUCGAAGACUUCUCAGGAUGCCGAAUCCGGUACGCCUUUAGACAUUGAUUCCGAAUUUGAACGGAAAUUACUCCGGAAAAUCGACUUUUGGCUCGUAGGCUUUUACUCACUCGUCUACGUGUUUCGGGUUAUUGAUUCCGCAAACUACUCCAACGCGGCCAUCAUCAAUCUCGAAAAUGGAACCGGCAUCAAGAAGCAACUCGGUUUCACGCCAUCCCAAUGGGCAUGGUCACUGUCAAUAUUCUCGUAUAGUUAUCUGCUAUUCGAGCCGACAAACACGAUCCUUCUCAAGUUGUUCAAGCCUAGCCGGUGGAUGUUCAUUCUGAUAAUGGCGUGGGGCGUCUCGGCAUGCUGUAGUGCGGCUGCCAUGAACUUCAAGGGCAUGAUGUGUGUGCGUUUUGCAAUUGGGAUGGCAGAAGCAGGGUUCUUUCCGUCCGUGCUCUAUCACUAUGCGUUUUGGUACAAGCCCAUUGAGAUGCCACAGCGCAUUGCAUUCUUCUACUCUGUUGGUCAGGUCUCAAGUGCGCUUUCAGGUCUUCUCGCGUACGCGAUCUCGCACAUGGACCAGAUCGGCGGAUUAUCGGGUUGGCGGUGGCUGUUUUUGCUUGAGGGACUGCCGGCCAUCCUACUAUCUUUCGUUGCAUUGUGGUUACCGGACUACCCUGCAACGUCAAAGAUAUUAACCGAGGACGAGCGUGAGUUUCUUUCCAAGAGACUAGCGAGCAGUGCGCCAAAGGGAACAAAGCAUUGGGACUGGCAGUCGUUGAGGGUAAUGAUGAAAGAUCCGACGCUUUAUACCUUCAGUCUAUACUGGAUUUGCCACGGCAUCGGAGGUUUCGGGGUUGGGUUUGCGCUGCCGACUGUCAUUUACCAGUUGGGAUUUACCACGACGGCAAAAUCGCAGCUUAUGAAUAUGCCGCCGUAUAUAAGCGCGUUCUUGCUCCUCAAUACGUUGGGGUUCAUGCUGCAAAGGAAGUGGAUUAGGCCGUGGAUUACGGCUGUUGGAAUUGAAUCCACUACCAUCGUUUGCUACAUUAUCCUACUCACUGUCAGCAACCCCGUGGUCAGGUAUCUCGCGCUCGUCGUGGCGGUUGCCUGCGCUGGUUGCGCGUAUCCUGUUAUUUGGCCAGAACGUAUUCGGGCUCUGGAGGGGACCGUGGCGUCCGGGAUUGGGAUCGGGCUCACCAACGCCUGUGCACAGUUCAGUGGCAUCGUUGGACCGCACGUCUUUAGUAUAGUUUUCGGACCUAGGUACCGUACCUCAUACGCCAUCAAUCUGUCCAUACUGUGCGGGAGUAUAUGCUCGAUCCUAACUAGUUGGUUCUUGACUGCGAGGAAAGAUCGAAGGAGGGCAGCUCUGCAAAAGUAG